AAAUCGAAUAGAUCUGAGUGUGCGAUUGAUCACCAAUCAUCCGGUGUGUUUGGCAACUCCUUCAUGGCGAAUUGAGAGCGCGUUUCGUCAUCCGCGAGUGCCUAAAUACGAAAUCGUUUAUCCGUACUAUUCUAAUCCUCGUCCUUGAGACGCCACGGAAAACGCGUUGCCGCUGUUGUCUUCCCGGUGGCUGCGCCUGGAACUUGGCCGUGGCCGAUUGAUCGCGACAGAGCCGCUUUUACAACAAACAUCGUGGUGGAAGAGUUAAGGAGUCGGCGGCUAAAAAUAAGAGGAAGAACGAUCGAAAGAAUUGUCAGAUUGAAAAAGAAUAUCGUUUACAAAGCGCUCUCGAGAUACACGACGUACGAGAUACCAAUCUCUAGCUGUUCUCAAGAAUCAAAGGUGAAUAUAAGUAUCGGAAAUAUUCACGGCCACAUAAAAGGCGUUCCCCUUAAACCUCAUUCGCGGUUAUUUGGGAUCUAAGAGGGUAAUACUGAUCUGAAUAAGGGCUGAAGGGUCAUUGACCUCCGGACAGCAGAACUGCGAUUCGAGUGGCCGUGGGAGAAUCUGAAGAGGCAAAAGGAAAGUGCACGUCUACCUUCUGAAGAGAGCGAUUUCGUGACUUAUCAGAACGCGGUGGUACUCGAGGGCUAAUUUUAGGAGCUCUUUCUAGAGACCAGGCUUGCGAGGAGACUUCCAGGUCACUGUGAUGAUCAACCAUCAUCAUGGCUUGGCCGGCAGCGACGACCCUGACGAGUCUCCUGAUGCUGCUGCUUAUGACGAUUGCGGCCAGUUUCUCGCCCAGGAUCAUCGCCACCACCCAAGCACCCUUUGGCAGGAUCCUGAAGGCUGUGAAACUCCCCGGAGGAUACAUGGAAGUGGUCCAGGAACAGAGAUGCUCCCACGGUCUGCUCAGAUUGACAUGCAGAUCGUUGAGAGCUUUCAUCUUUAUUCUGGAGGCGGAAUAUCACGCGAAUCACACGGAAUUCUGUCAGAAAGAAUCAAAAAGUUUGAAAGAAGAACUCAAAAUGUGGACGAACAAAGGUAGCACGCGGAAACGGACGGACAUGCAAGAGCUCAAAGGAAACUACAUUCUCGACGAUGAGGACAUUCAGGCAGACAUAAUCGAUAUCAGAUCAUCCUUGAAUAAAAGAUGCUCUGGUCAAAAACACUGUCGCUACAACGUGACUAUCGAACAUCCAGGAGCAUAUUCAUGGGUUCCAGGUGAAAUUUUAUUAAAAUACGCGUGCAUACCUGAAGUUGCAGUUAAACGAUACUGCAAUCAGCAGGUGAAAGUGGUCAGUGAAGAUGGCGGUUACCUCAACACCCCGGGUUACCCUCUAUACUACAUUGGAGAAACAUGCGGGUGGACCUUCAGGACGUUUAAUGGUCAGAGGAUAGUUCUAACAUUUCACGACUUGGAUAUCCGUGGUCCAGAUGCUGAUGGAAACUGCAUGGACAUCGUGAGAGUGCGGGAUAGAGGCAGCACUCUCUUCGAGUUCUGCGGCACCACCGCGGGCGUGCGAGUUGUCUCGUAUUCGAACGUGUUGACCCUCGACUUCGUCGCUUCAAAGAGGUUUUACAACGCUCGGGGCUUUUUUCUGCAGUAUCAAGUGCUCGGCUGUCCGGAGGUCUUGGCGCCGAACGGAAGUUACGUGUCGAACGGUACAUUGACUUCACGGACAUUCUUGUGCAAGUCGGGCAGCGUGUUUCCCGACAGCAGGGAGAGAAAAAGGACGCUCGAAUGUAGGAAUGGCAAGUGGAACGAGACCGCUACCAAGUUACCCAAUUGCGUAGCCACGUCAGCGGUGAUAGUGAAGUCAGAAAACGAGCACCAUCAUCUAGCGAGUAUCUCCGGGGAUAACAUCCUUGGAACGGGGGUGAGAAUAGGACGUGGCGAGGACGCAGUCGCGAGUGGUAGCGUCAGCCCCGUUAUGGAUUCGGCGCAAUCGGCCAUGAUGAAGCAAGCGGACUACGUCGUAGAUGUUGUGCUGCCAACGGUCCUAAUUGCUUUGCUGUUCGUCGGCAAUGCGAUCAUCGUUUAUAUCAUCUUCCAGUUUAGAAAGAGAAAACUCUCAGCCACUAAUCAGGGCGAAGAGAUGGCCCUUCGGGGUCCACCCGACGUACCCAACGUGUGAUUCUAAGGAUCCAGACUA